AUGCAGAACACCUGGGUCGCUGGCACACUCCCCUUGAUCUUUGGCCUGCUUUCCAGUCUCCAAGGAGUAAGCACCAAGGAGGCUGUAAAUACAUGUGACAUCUUAAACUGUACCAAAGGAUUCAGAUGCUGUGACAAAGGAUGCUGCCCAGAAAAAAAGAUCUGGGGGUUUGAAAAUGACUCCUUCAGGAUCGUGUUCAUCAAUGUAGGCAUCAUUUUACCCCUUUUGUGCAUCUGUGGCCUAGUGAGGCACUUCUGUCCCAAGUGCAGAGAACUACAGCAUGACUUCAGAACAGCAGAUCAUCAGACUCCUCCAGAACCGCCCUCUAUUGCUCCCCUAGAGAGCAUUUGGGUCACCUCUUUGGAUCCCCCUCCACCCUACAGUCAGGUUGUUCUGAACUCAACUCCUACAGAACCACCUCCUCCCUACAGCCUCAGGCCUAAGGGCCCUGCUGGCCAGAUGGGAGGGCAUGCCUAUGCAACCCUUUGA